CUUCCUCUGCAUCUGGAUAUGCAGGGAGACCCAGAAAAGCGGAAGAGUUUAGAAGCCUACUGGGUAGCUCUGAAUUUGUUUUGUUUUCAGAAAUUAAACAAAUGAUCCUUCAGCAUCAUCACCUCUGCUGCUUUAUCAGGUCGCAUAGGGCAUGGAGCUGGAGAACUAUGAACAGCCCGUGGUGCUGAGAGAGGACAACCGCCGCAGGCGUCGGAGGAUGAAGCCGCGCAGCACGGCGGCCAGCCUGUCCUCCAUGGAGCUCAUCCCCAUCGAGUUUGUCCUGCCCACCAGCCAGCGCAACACCAAGACCCCCGAAACGGCACUGCUGCACGUGGCCGGCCACGGCAACGUGGAGCAGAUGAAGGCCCAGGUGUGGCUGCGCGCGCUGGAGACGAGCGUGUCUGCGGACUUCUACCACCGCCUCGGCCCCGACCACUUCCUCCUGCUCUACCAGAAGAAAGGGCAGUGGUACGAGAUCUAUGACAAGUACCAGGUGGUGCAGACCCUGGACUGCCUGCGCUACUGGAAGGUGUUGCACCGCAGCCCGGGGCAGAUCCACGUGGUGCAGCGGCACGCGCCCUCGGAGGAGACAUUGGCCUUCCAGCGCCAGCUCAACGCCCUCAUCGGCUACGAUGUCACCGACGUCAGCAACGUGCAUGACGAUGAGCUGGAGUUCACGCGGCGCCGCCUGGUCACCCCGCGCAUGGCCGAGGUGGCCGGCCGCGACCCCAAGCUUUACGCCAUGCACCCCUGGGUGACAUCCAAGCCCCUCCCUGAGUACCUGCUGAAGAAGAUCACUAACAACUGCGUCUUCAUCGUCAUUCACCGCAGCACCACCAGCCAGACCAUCAAGGUCUCGGCCGAUGACACCCCAGGCACCAUCCUCCAGAGCUUCUUUACCAAGAUGGCCAAGAAGAAAUCUCUGAUGGAUAUCCCCGAAAGCCAGAACGAACGGGACUUUGUGCUGCGCGUCUGCGGCCGGGAUGAGUACCUGGUGGGUGAGACACCCAUCAAAAAUUUCCAGUGGGUGAGGCAGUGCCUCAAGAACGGGGAGGAGAUUCACCUUGUGCUGGACACUCCUCCAGACCCAGCCCUGGACGAGGUGAGGAAGGAAGAGUGGCCGCUGGUGGAUGACUGCACGGGAGUCACUGGCUACCACGAGCAGCUGACCAUCCAUGGCAAGGACCAUGAAAGUGUGUUCACCGUGUCCCUGUGGGACUGUGACCGCAAGUUCAGGGUCAAAAUCAGAGGCAUUGAUAUCCCUGUCCUGCCCCGGACCGCUGACCUCACAGUGUUUGUGGAGGCAAACAUCCAGUAUGGGCAGCAAGUCCUUUGCCAAAGGAGAACCAGCCCCAAACCCUUCACGGAGGAGGUACUCUGGAAUGUGUGGCUUGAGUUCAGUAUUAAAAUCAAAGACUUACCCAAAGGGGCUCUGCUGAACCUCCAGAUCUACUGCGGCAAAGCUCCAGCACUGUCUGGCAAGACCUCUGCAGAGAUGCCCAGUCCCGAGUCCAAAGGCAAAGCUCAGCUUCUGUACUAUGUCAACCUGUUGCUGAUAGACCACCGCUUCCUCCUGCGCCAUGGCGAGUACGUGCUCCACAUGUGGCAGUUAUCCGGGAAGGGGGAAGACCAAGGGAGCUUCAAUGCCGACAAGCUCACGUCAGCAACCAACCCGGACAAGGAGAACUCAAUGUCCAUCUCCAUUCUUCUGGACAAUUACUGCCACCCCAUAGCCUUGCCUAAGCAUCGGCCUACCCCUGACCCGGAAGGGGACCGGGUUCGGGCAGAAAUGCCCAAUCAGCUUCGGAAGCAACUGGAGGCAAUCAUAGCCACGGAUCCGCUUAACCCACUCACAGCUGAAGACAAAGAACUGCUCUGGCAUUUCAGAUAUGAAAGCCUGAAGGAUCCCAAAGCGUAUCCUAAGCUCUUUAGCUCAGUGAAAUGGGGACAGCAAGAAAUUGUGGCCAAAACAUACCAAUUAUUAGCCAAAAGGGAGGUCUGGGAUCAGAGUGCUUUGGAUGUGGGGUUAACCAUGCAGCUCCUGGACUGCAACUUCUCGGAUGAAAACGUGAGAGCCAUUGCAGUCCAGAAACUGGAGAGCUUGGAGGAUGAUGACGUGCUCCAUUACCUGCUCCAGCUGGUCCAGGCUGUGAAAUUUGAACCAUACCAUGACAGUGCCCUAGCCAGAUUUCUGCUGAAGCGUGGUUUAAGAAACAAGAGAAUUGGUCACUUCUUGUUUUGGUUCUUGAGAAGUGAGAUUGCCCAGUCUAGGCACUAUCAGCAGAGGUUCGCAGUGAUCCUGGAAGCCUACCUGAGGGGCUGUGGCACAGCCAUGCUGCACGACUUCACCCAGCAAGUCCAAGUAAUUGACAUGUUACAAAAAGUCACCAUUGACAUUAAAUCGCUCUCUGCUGAAAAGUAUGACGUCAGUUCCCAAGUUAUUUCCCAACUUAAGCAAAAGCUUGAAAACCUACAGAAUUUGAAUCUCCCCCAAAGCUUUAGAGUUCCCUAUGAUCCUGGACUGAAAGCCGGGGCACUGGUGAUCGAAAAAUGUAAAGUGAUGGCCUCCAAGAAGAAGCCCCUGUGGCUUGAGUUUAAAUGUGCCGACCCUACGGCUCUAUCAAAUGAAACAAUUGGAAUUAUCUUUAAACACGGUGACGAUCUGCGCCAAGACAUGCUUAUUUUACAGAUUCUACGAAUCAUGGAGUCCAUUUGGGAGACUGAAUCUUUGGAUCUGUGCCUCCUGCCAUAUGGUUGCAUUUCAACUGGUGACAAAAUAGGAAUGAUCGAGAUCGUGAAGGACGCCACGACAAUCGCCAAAAUUCAGCAAAGCACAGUGGGCAACACGGGUGCCUUUAAAGAUGAAGUCCUGAGUCACUGGCUCAAAGAAAAAUGCCCUAUUGAAGAAAAGUUUCAGGCAGCUGUGGAGAGAUUUGUUUAUUCCUGUGCCGGCUACUGUGUGGCAACCUUUGUUCUCGGAAUAGGCGACAGACACAAUGACAAUAUUAUGAUCUCAGAAACAGGAAAUCUAUUUCAUAUUGAUUUCGGACACAUUCUUGGGAAUUACAAAAGUUUCCUGGGCAUUAAUAAAGAGAGGGUGCCAUUUGUGCUAACCCCAGACUUCCUGUUUGUGAUGGGGACUUCUGGAAAGAAGACAAGUCUACACUUCCAGAAAUUUCAGAACCUCGGUUUCCUCACCAGUGGGAGUUCUAAGUCCCACCUCAUGUGGGCUUUUUUAGAGAUCACUUACAUGAAAUAUGAAGAGUGCUUGCCCCAGUGCCUAGACCACAGCAGGAACUCAAUAAACGGAGCCUCCGUGUAACAUACAACAUAGCGGGUCUUCGGACUUUGAAACCGUUUAGGUUGAGGAACCCUCUAGGAGAUCCCGGACAGAAGUGUGGUCCCUAAACCCUGACGGCGUAGCAUUGUUCCUAUUAAAGAUCAAACGGGGGACCAAGCUCUGCCUUCUCUCCUCCCCCCCCCAUCCCACCCCCUUGUCUGCUCCCCUUCAAAAGCUUCCCCUCUCCUUACUCGCAACAGGAAAAAGGCGGAACACAUUAAAAAAUAUGUAUGUGUACAGUGUUACAUAUGCAGAAUUUCCAAAGUUUCCAGCUUGACCAAGAUGAGCAGCAAGUUUUCUCAUCAUUUGACUCAGGCCUGCUGACCGUUUGGGGGGUUUUUUUACAUGCCACUUACGAAGCCUUCUUCUAAAAGGUUUUCUGUUUCCUCGCCUUAUGCUCCCUUUGCAAGAGGAAGCCCUGCAAGGUCAGGAAGCACAUCUCCAAAUUCCCUCAACAGCACCCCAGGAUCUUGUAGAAGAAAACUGCCGAUGAUUUUCUAGAUCGGCUGGGAAAGGUUGUAUGUAUUUACAUUUUUGGAUUGAAGUCCUCCCGUCUCUAGCGAAUUGCUAAUUUUGAAUCGAUAAGGUCAAUGAAUGCGGGCGGCAGCUUUGAAUCACCUGUUCUGUUCAGAAGGGUGGAGAAGAGCUGACCUUUUCGUUGAGGGUGAGGGGAGCCUUCUCCACAGAGACUUCCAAAUCUCCCCAGCUAGUGGGAGAGGAUGGGACUCGGGAAUGAACGGCUUCUGCCACCUCCCUCUUCAUUCCAAGAUAGCUGGUCCCCGCCCCCCCCCCAGGCACACAUUCAUGAGUUAUUUCUAGAGUGUGGGAGAGCUCGGGAACAAACCAUAGUCAGACCAAAAGACACAAAACCCAGGCCUCCUAUUUGAACCCAAGACUGUCUGUCUGCCUGGGGAACCAGGGGCUGCUAAAUCAGAUGCACUGCAAGGAUGAUGAUUUUGAUAAAUAAAUUCCUAGAAAAAUCUCUCCAGUGCAGACGAGAUAAAAAAGAAAAGUGUUCUGCCCCCUGGGAAUGAAUCUGUUUGAAAUUUCACUUAACAAUCAUAGAACAUGCUCACAGGCAAAUACAUUGAUAUUGCUGGCAAAUGAAAUUUUGGCUUGCCUUUUAUUUUAUGUAAGAAUGUGUGGUUUUUCCCACAAUCAUAAAAGUAGUAAAUGCUUCCUUAAAAAAAGAAAAAAAGCCAGCAAAAUAUUAAAAAUAUCAGGAUAUAAAAUACACACUAUCCCACCUUCCAAAAAUAACACUGUCGACAUUGUGGUGGUUUUCCUCCAUUCUAUUAAGUAUUUGGUCUUUUACGUAAAUAAGCUCUUUCAUCAAUGGAGUAAUUGUAGGUUUAAACGUUUUAAACUUUGUGCUCCUCAUUUUUCGUUUUGAUUAGGCAAGUAAUGAGGAGGGGGAUACUGUCAUUGGAAAAACGCUGAAUUUGAGCUGGAAUCUGACUUCUAAUCCCAUUUCAACCUCCAGCACCUUAAAGACCCAGUUAAUCAGAAUUUGGCUAAAAACUGAACUGAAGAAGCAGAUACGAUGUUACUCCCUCACUUUAAACUGUUUCUGGAGGCGUCUCUUCUCCUCUCGAUUAAAAUCUGAACAUCUCAGCUUGCCCUGCAGGGCCUGGUGCUCCCCCUCUCCCACCUCCACCUCCAGCCUCACCCCAGGUACUUGCCUUCCUUCUCUCACUGGAUCAGGCACCUCCUCAACAUCUUCCCCCACACUACCCCCUCCCCUCUCACAGGGGCUAAGUCUCCAUACCCUCCGUCGCUUGUCCCUCCCUUAACAGAGGUAGCGCUGGGCAGCAGGGCCAGGACCAACCUGGAUCCCGCACGUGGGGCCGAAGGCCAGGGAGCACUCAGUAGCUAUCUGCUGAGGGAAGGAGUGGCUGGUGGAGGAGCAGUCCCUGCCCCAGGGAGGAGGUGGAUGAGGCUGGAUAACUCCUUGGGGUUCUUCCUUCUCCACAAGGCAGCAAACUGUCUGAGUUCAUGCAGUGGUAACUCAGGCCCACUGAGGGCCAAGCUGCCAUUCAUGGACGUGUUAAUGAGCCUUCAAGAUGCAGCCUGACUAUGCAGACAUCUGGAGAAGUAAACCUAACUAUGAAAUCUAAUGUUUUAGUAAAUAAUGCAGACAUGUGUCAUCUGGUUUCUAUGCACGUUUUUGUAGAGAUUUCCUUCUGACAUAAACAUUACAGUUUGUUCCCCGUUAGAGCAGCAGUCAUGCCAGUAGGACACAUGGUAUAAACCUAUAGGAUACAUUAAUUACAGGAUGGUUUUCAAGGAGAGUCCUCAGCCUUGUACAAACAAGCAUUUUGAAGACACUCUUUGUACACAGUAGGCAUUCAGCAAAUGUGUCAGAUCAAGCUGAAGAAAUCAGGGAAACUAAACAGCUCUUCACGUGCACAGCCAUACGCAGCAGGCCCUUUGAUGAAUGCACUUAGAAGUCACUUGUCCCUAGAUGUCACUCUUAAGAAGUGUUUGAUGGAGAGAAGUCUGGAGCCCGUUCGUGGUGCUGCUUUCAUCCAGCAGGCCCAGGGGCAUCAGGCCCUGCCGGGUCACCAGCACGGGCAGUGUUGUCCCCACGCCAGGAAGCACCCAGACCCUGUAAGCAGCAGGCUCAGCUCCAAGCCCAGUCUCUACACAGAGUCCUGGCCUGGAUUCUUAAGAACCUUCAAAGUCCAUCUCUGCUGACAUUUCACACUCAGCUCAGAUCCUGGGCUAUUGUAAUGACUUCUGCCUCAGUCCCUGCGCCUGUUAACCUGCCUGUAGGACUGGGACCUGCUCCCCGUGGCCAAUGGCCGUGCCCAAACUCAAGUGCUCUCCCUGACCCCAGCCACAGCGGCCAGCGGGACCACAGAGACCGUACCACCUGACACUCUUCUGAGGCCCUGAGGCCACCUCACCCCUACCGCCUGUUCCUAGUCUCUGCCUCCGUCUUCUUGUGUGGUGAGCCCUGCUCUUGUCUACACCGCUGUCUAGACCUGGAACCUGCCAGGCUACACUUUCUCAGCCUGACACUCCAUCCCAUUGUGAUUUCCAGACCUGUUUCUCCCUACCCGAGAGAGCACACUCAUUCAACACACUGCCACCUUUUGGGUCCUGUGCCAGGCCCAGAGAAAGCUCAUGUCUUUAGAGUCUAAUCCCCUUCAGAUACAACUGUUCCCUAAUCCACCCUGCUUUUAAAGCAAUGAAUCUUGCCCCCAGUUGAACUUGGCCUCUGCCCAUGAAGUGUUUGUUCAUCAUACAUUUGCAGAUUGUCUACAGUGUGGCAGACACACUGCUGGCACAGGUGACAUAAGCAGAGAGAUGUGCACAAGCUUUAUCGUGAGGAUUUCAACAGCAGAGAGCAUGAUUAAUCAUGCCCUGAGGGUGGAAAAGAGUUAUAGAAUGAAGGGAGUAUGGGGGGGGGGCAUUAAAGUCUGAGUUCAAUUUCAUUUUGCUAGGAAGAUGCAGGGACAAGAAGGAAGAAGAACAUGAGAAAGGGUGUGAAGCAAGUAUUUAGUAUCAGUAUUUUAGGAACAGAAAGUACCAUUGUUCAACAUGGAUGGAACCUAGGAAUAUAUAGGAGUGUAUGGAAUUUGAGGGGAGAAGGGAAAUUUGGGUCCAGUUUGAAGCAGACGUGUGCUUGGGGGGCAGAGAGCAGAGCAAAGAUGUCACUUGGAGCUCAACUGAUUUCAUUGCAAAUUUCUGUGAUAAAGGCCUAAUGUAAGUCAACAGGAAGAUGAUGAGUUCGUUGACUAGCUCAUAAUCAUUAUAUACUGAGUUGAUGAAGGCGUUCCUCUUGGGAUCUGCAUCCUGGCGGACUAAUGAGGUCGAACUCAGCCUCCUCCGUGCAGGUCCAAAGUCUAGCACUUCCCUCU